AUAUUAUUUUAUUUUUUUAUUAUAUCAUAUUUCAUUCUGUUUUUUUUUUUUUUUCAUUUAUUUUGUCAUUCUUAUUUUUUUUUUCAUGACCUCGGGUUUAUUUCUGAGAUAAUAUCAGUGUCAAAUUUAAAUAUAGCUUGAUUUUAUUAAAAUAAUAUUAAAAAAGGAGAAAAAAAAAAAUUAAAUCUUGAAUAUUAAUUUUUUUAACAACAUUGUUUUUUUUUAUUUUUCAUAUUAUUAAAACACCUUCACAUUUUAUUUCUGAAUAUAUAUAUAUUUUAUUAUUGGUGAAAAGAUAUUUAUAUAAAUUGACAAAAUGUAUAAAAAUGGACCACCUCCAUCGUAUGAUCAGCCACCACCAUCAGCACCACCAAGUUAUUUUCAGAGUGUAGGUGGUGUACCACCAGCAAGUCCAUUUACACCAGCACCAACAUAUACUAAUGGACCAACAAUUGUAACGACAAUUGUUCCACUAGGACCUGGACCAACACAUACGAUAUGUCCACAUUGUCAUGCUGAAAUUGAGACAGCAACAAAAACAGAACCUGGCAUGAUUGCUUAUGUGUCUGGUAUUGUCAUUGCUUUGUUGGGUUGUGUAUUUGGAUGUUGUUUAAUUCCAUGCUGCAUUGAUGAAUGCAUGGAUAUUCAUCACACAUGUCCAAAUUGCAAAGCUUAUCUUGGACGUCAUGGAAGAUAAAAAUUAAAAUCUCAUAUGAGAUUAAAUGAAAUUUUACAAAGCACUUGUAUAAUUGAUAAGUAUUUUAUUUUAAUCCUCUUUUUUCUAAAACGUUUACCAGUUAUUUUUUUAUUAUGAUCUGAAUAAUGAUAAAAAAAAAUGCACAAGAUUUAAUAUUUUAUAAUUAAAAAAACAAUUAAUUUAUUCAAUCUAUUUUAUAUAUUUAUUAAACACUAUAAUUAUUUGGCAAUGAAAUUUCAAUUUUCUUAAUAAUCUUGGUAAACAUUCCGGUUAAAAUGAUAUUCUUUAAUUAUUACUAAUUAAUUUUUAAUAUCACAAAUUACAAUAAUUGAUUACAAUCUCUGUGCCUUAUAUUUAAUCAGAGUACAAAUAAUUUUUUUUUUUUUUUUUAUUUCUAAAUAUUAUUCUGUUGAGGAAUAAUCAACGAAUUACAAUUAAAAAAUAAUUAAAUUAUGAAAAUUAGAAAUUAUUAUUUUUUUAAAUAUAUAAUAUAAUGGAAAAAAAUGGUAAUUAUUUUUGGCCUUAUUAGCUUUAUAAAUAAUUAUACACUUGUCAUUAUGAAAGUACACGUGUUUUGUGUGUUUCAUAAUAUUUUUCACAUAACAUAUUUAACAAUUUUAUAAAUAUAUAAAAAAUUAUAUUAAAUGAUAUAAAAAAUUCUUGUGAAAAGCAAUAAAAAAAUAAUUUAAUUUUACUUAUAAA